AUGGGGAAUACGCCUAGCACUGCGGCUGCCCGAGAGUGUUUGCUUUCAGCCCUAGGAGGUGAUCUGGGGCUCGUAACGUUCGGUCCAGAGAACGUCCACCUCUCUAACCUGGAAUUCCCCGUCUCCCCAAUCGCAAUUACAUACCCAGAACACUCAGAGCAAAUUUCUGGCAUUGUGAGGUGUGCACGCUCCUUUGACUACAAAAUUCAGGCCAGGUCAGGUGGGCACAGUUUGGGAAACUAUGGGCUGGGUGGAACCGACGGCGCCGUCGUUGUCGAUAUGAGACAUUUCCAGCAGUUUUCUAUGGAGCACUCUACAUACAGAGCUGCCAUCGGCGCUGCAGUCACCGUCGGUAAUGUUGCCGAACAGCUAUAUCAGGCAGGAGGACGAGCAAUGACCCAUGGGAGUUGUACCUCAGUCGGCGCCGGGGGCCAUUUUACUAUUGGGGGGAUAGGCCCAACGGUCCGGAAAUGGGGAAUGGCUCUCGACCAUGUUGAAGAAGCAGAAAUCGUGCUGGCGGAUGGUCAGAUUAUUCGAGCUUCCAAUACGGAGAGUCCAGAAGUCUUCUUUGCGCUCAAAGGUGCUGCGGCGAGUUUUGGCAUUGUCACCGAGUUCACGGUUCGCACGCAACCAGCACCAACAAUUGCAGUGAAGUACGAUUACACCAUAGAUGUGGACACCCGGGAUGCGGACGAACAAGCUAAGAUAUUUUCCAAUUGGCAGACCUUUGUAUCCGACCGUAACCUCACAAGAGAUUUGGAUAUGACAUUGACGGUAGAGCGACCGAACAUACGACUGAGUGGAUAUUUCUAUGGCACCAGAGUGGAGUUUGAGGAACUGAACCUGAAGGAGCAGUUUCCCGUCAAAAGCCCAGGAGGCGUCACGGUCCUUACAGGUUGGCCGGAAAUUAUAAAUGCCACCUUGUACGACCGCGGCCCUGCUUACUCAUAUGUUAAAUCGCUGGGAAUUACGCUCCAGAAUCCUAUACCUUACUCAAACGCGGUAGAGCUCUUCCGCMAUCUUUACACCGCGGAUUCGGGCAACGCACGCUGGUAUAUUACGUUCAGGUUGGCUGGAGGUGCUGCCAAUGACUACCCUGUGGGAGCCACAGCAUUUCCACAUCGAGACGUUCUCUACUGGAUCGCCGCCCAUGCUGUGAACACUACUGAGCCUUUGACCCCCGCUGCCUUUGCGUUCCUGAACAGAGCAUACGAAAGCGCUGCUGUGACAUCGGGUCCUCUUCCAAUGUACCUGGGGGACCUGGAUCCACUGAUGCCAAAAGCACAGAUGAAGUACUGGCGGUCGAACCUGCCUCGACUGGAACGGCUCAAGGCCGAUAUUGAUCCACAAGACAUUUUCCACAACCCACAAGGUGUACGAGUCAUUCCUACGGAGCGCAGAGCUUCGCGCGCUCUGGAUACUACCAUAGGGCCCAACCAGACUUGA